AUGGGCCAAGACGUGACAGACAAGAUCGUAGGCAUUGUGGAGGAGCUGAUACCUGGGUGUGGAGAAGGUGCUGGUGGUCCAGCGAUUACGGCUCUUGCGACAGCUAGAAGGCUGCAAGCAUACACAACGUGUACCUUAAAAGAGAAGGUGUUUAAAGAUGAAAUUGUCUUUAACCUCAACCUGACAACGAUGUUCAAGCGCCUCACCUCCAGUUCUGGUUCUUCCCAAUCGAAGAAAUUCAAACACAAGCUGGAUCCAUGCUGCGAGAUCUUUGAGCAGAGUGGGUACUACGGCCAGAUGGAGGACGGCGACGCGACGUACGUCUUAUGCCCCACGCCGGUCAAGUACUUCUACUGGGACGACCAACCCAACCCAUGCCUUGCCGGUUGGAAGGCCGUCGUGAGUGAGCUCGAGGAGUCCAUCAAGAACUUCCUAUAG